UUCAUUGGGCUCAUGAUAAACCCGGAUCUCCUGGACUCCCGCUGAGCCUCUGAUACGUAAACCCUAAACCCUGUUUCCGGCAGAGCCGGUGAAAACUGAGCUGAUCCUCCCUGGAACAAACUGAAAAUCGAUUACCAGUACGUUCAAUUGUUCGAACAAUCCGAGGAUAUUGGUCGUUUCACGCCACGGCCGGUGAAAACUUCCAUUUUAAGGACGGAAGAUGUCACAAUUGGCCCGUAAAGUGCGGAGGAUUUCAGGGGCGAACUUUCUUCAGAGAAUUUCAUCCGGAAAGAUAAAUGGUUGCCGAGCAUUUUGUUCGAAAACAGCCGUCGACAUUGGACAGCCAACUCCUGCUACUCACCCUGAGUUACUAAAGGAUGGAGAGAUCACACCUGGCAUCACCACAGAAGAGUGCAUCUCGAGGCGGAACAGAUUGAUCGAGCUUCUCCCCGAGAAGGGCUUAGCAAUUAUUGCAUCUGCUCCAGUGAAAAUGAUGACAGAUGUUGUGCCUUACACUUUCCGACAAGAUGCGGAUUACUCGUACAUCACUGGGUGUCAACAACCGGGGGGCGUUGCGGUGUUAGGUCGUGACUGGGGCUUGUGCAUGUUUAUGCCCGAAGCCAAACCUCAUGAUGUCCUCUGGCAAGGCCAAAUCGCUGGAGUUGAUGCAGCAUUGGAAAGUUUCAAGGCUGAUAAAGCAUUUCCCAUGAGCAAAUUGCGUGAGGUCCUUCCAGAAAUGAUUAGGCAAUCCUCCAAGUUGUUCCAUAAUGGUUAUACUGCAACAUCAGCAUAUACAAAUCUGGAGGCUUAUCAGAGAGCAGCUUACGGUGGCAAAGUCAAAGACCUUUCUAUUUACACACAUGAGUUACGGUGGAAAAAAUCACCUGCAGAGCUUAAGCUGAUGAGAGAAUCAGCAUCAAUUGCUUGCCAGGCACUAUUGCAGACAAUGAUGCACUCGAAAAUGUACCCUCAUGAGGGCAUACUAUCUGCGAAAAUAGAAUAUGAAUGCAGAAUAAGAGGUGCCCAGAGGAUGGCAUUCAACCCUGUUGUUGGUGGAGGCUCAAAUGGCAGUGUUAUACAUUAUUCUCGGAAUGACCGGAAAAUCAAGGAUCAGGAUCUUGUUUUGAUGGAUAUUGGAUGUGAGUUGCAUGGUUAUGUCAGCGACUUGACCCGUACAUGGCCUCCUUCUGGAAGUUUUUCAUCUGCUCAAGAAGAGCUCUAUGAUCUUAUACUACAAACAAACAAAAAAUCCAUGGAGCUCUGCGGACCUGGCACAACCAUUCGUGAAAUACACAAGUACUCGGUGGACAUGCUUCUAAAAGGGUUCAAGGAAAUUGGGCUUCUUAAGAAUGGUGGAACCAACUCCCUUAGAUACGAUCAGUUGAACCCUACUUCAAUAGGUCACUAUCUCGGCAUGGAUGUGCAUGAUUGUUCUACAAUUAGCUAUGACCGUGUUCUGGAGCCUGGUGUAGUAAUAACUAUUGAGCCAGGAGUUUACAUCCCAGAUGACUUUGAUGGUCCUGAUAGGUAUCGAGGCACAGGAAUAAGGAUCGAGGAUGAGGUUCUAAUUACAGAAACAGGUUAUGAGGUCCUCACAGGCUCAAUGCCCAAAGAGGUUAAGCACAUUGAAGCAUUACUGAACAAUUACAGCCGAGGAGGUGUUGAGGGAUUAUUCAAUGAUGCAAGAGUUGUAUCAAGUUAAUACUUCCACACGGAUUCAUCAGAGUGCCCCAUCAAAUGCAGGCUCUCUCUCUACCGACACAUGAUCUCAUCUGGGGUACCUGCUUUUAUAAGAAUCCCUUCACUGUAGAGCAUCUAGUUCACAUCCAAGAUUUUGGUUUUCUUCCAUCACAGUGAAUUCCUUCUUAUAGUUUUCACCAUUGUAUCACCAUUCUCUCCCAAUUCUUCCGGGAAUCUACAAUAGGAUUAGUGCAUUCAUGAUUCAUUUCUCAGCUCAAAUAUCAUAUGCCCCGAUGGAUUUUUGUUUUGGAGCAGGAGUUUUGUAAGUUGUCUUUAUGUUAUAACUCUUGCCUGUUCUGGUUUGCCAAA